CUGUUGGAGCAGCUCCUGGUACCGGAUAACGCCGUUAUUCAGCAGGCCACGAAGCGGCUCCGUGAGGCCUUGAAGGAACCGGGGGCUGUGGGGAGCCUGGCCCAGAUCGUCGGUGGGGAACAGAGGCCGCAGCGUGCCCUACAAGUGCUGAGCUUCGCCCUGGACCCCCCGGCCCCAUUGUGGCUCCCGCCCCACAGCCGCCCCAUAGCGGAGCUGUGUCUUAUGGGGCUGAGACCCGGGACCCCCCCCCACAUUAUGGGGGCAGCAUUGAAGGCACUUGGGGGGCUGGCGGCCGCAUUGGGGGGGACACAGACGGUUUUGCUGCGUUCUCUGCUCCCCGAGAUCAUCAGGUCCCUCCGUGUUCUCAUCGACGCCGACGAGGCUCUCGGUGCCGACGCAUUGGAGGUGCUGGAUGAAUUCAUGGCCGCCGACCCUAAAGCCGUGACCUCUGACCUCCGACCUCUGCUUGACCUUUGCCUAGAGGUGGGCGGGGCCGUGGGCCGCAGCCAAUCAGUGAGGAGGAGAGCUGUCGCCGUGCUGGGAUUCGUGGCCCAGGAACGACCCAGGGCCCUACAGCCCUUCCUGCCCCCCCUGCUCUCGUCCCUAUUGACUUUAAUGUGUCGCCCCCCCCCCAUGGACCCCCCGGACCCCGAAGACGAGGAGCAAUGGGGGGGGACAGCCCACAGAAAAACCCUAGUUUUAGAAACCCUGCAGUACAAACCUUGGUAG